UCACAACCAAGUCUUCCAUCACCAUUCUCAUCAAGAGGAUACAGCUCAGAUCAAAGUAAUAAUAUUUUAUUUCCUGAAAAUCAAUGGUGGACAAGAAUCCAAAAGCCACUGUUGAAACAGCUCAUCUUUCACACUGUCUGAUCUUCGACCACGACCAUAUCUAUUUUAUUUAUCAAAACUAUCCAUAUCUACACCGCUGAGACAUUAAAUUCUAAGUCUGAAUAUACCAGUCCUCCAAAACUACACAUUACUUAUUUCUAACCCAAGAAGAGAAAAGAACGGCUCUACGUUUCUCUCGUCUGCUUCUUCUUUUACAUGUAUUUCCGCUACUGUCUUCUCUGUAAUAUUCUUUUUCAUGCCUUCAAUCAUUUAAGUGGCUUAUCAGUACCCAGACAAUACAGGAAGGAGCAGAACUGGGUCUGCUGAUUUGAAAAGAACAAGGUCUCUGGAGGAUACAGAUACGAUCAGCAACUCAGAGAGAAAGUUAAGAAGACAAAAGUCAAAUUCUUUUUUCCUUUGAUGAAGGCGUAGAAAUGGGUUUUCCUUUAUCUGUUUGUUUUAACUGAGUAAAAAGAGGGAAGUUCAAAUUCAGAUACAAAAACAAACAUGGGUUUCUUCUCCUCUUACUCCCUUGUCGCUGUCUUGUUUGCACUGGCAACUCUACAACAUAUAUGCGGAAAUACCGAGUUAAGAGCUUUAAUGGAGCUCAAGUCCGCUUUAGACCCAACAAAAAAGUCCUUGAACUCGUGGACUAGCGAUGGGGACCCCUGCAGCGGCACAUUCGAAGGGGUUGCUUGCAAUGAGCACCAGAAAGUCGCCAACAUUUCGCUGCAGGGAAAGGGUCUUUCUGGCUCCUUGUCACCGGCCGUGGCAGAGCUUAAAUGCUUGUCAGGCCUUUACUUGCAUUACAACUCGCUGUCUGGAGUGAUACCAAAAGAAUUAGCAAAUUUGACGGAGUUGUCUGAUCUUUAUCUCAAUGUGAAUAAUCUUUCUGGGAGCAUACCUCCUGAGGUCGGGGGCAUGGCUAGUCUCCAAGUUUUAGAGCUAUGUUGUAACCAGCUAACAGGUCGCAUACCUAAAGAGAUGGGGUCCUUGAAGAGGCUAAACGUUCUUGCAUUGCAAUAUAACAGACUCACUGAUCAAAUUCCAGCCAGCUUAGGGAACUUAGGGUUGAUGAGAAGGCUUGAUUUAGGUUUUAAUAGCUUGUUCGGUCCAAUUCCUCCAGGAUUAGCUAAUGCUCCUCAAUUGCAAGAGCUAGAUGUCCGCAACAAUUCUCUUUCAGGAAUGGUUCCUUCUGCUUUGCAGAGACUAAAAGGAGGGUUUCAGUUUGAGAACAACAAAGAUUUAUGUGGAGUUGGGUUUCAGAAACUGAGAGCUUGCACGCCAUUUGACAAUAUAAACAUCAACCAAGUUGUUCCCCAGGGACAAAUUACAAGUAAUACAACAGAUUAUACCCCUGCUUCUGCAGUUAUUGAUGCACCCUGCAACCAAUCCAGCUGUUCAAGUUCGUCAAAAUUUCCACAAGUUGCGAUUGCUGCUGGGGUUAUAACAGCCACCGUUAUCUUGGCAGGCGGUGGAUUUCUAAUUACUUUAUUUUUUCGCCGCAAAAAGCAGAAGAUUGGAAAUACAUCCGAGUCUUCUGUUGGACAGCUGUGCAGCAGUGACCUGGCUACUAAGUUCCAUAGAGGUGGUGCUUCUUCACUUGUGAGUCUGGAGUACUCUAGUGGGUGGGAUCCAUUUGGUGUUUGUCGAAAUGGUAUUGAAGUUUUUGCAGAUAGUCUAAACAACUUUAGAUUCAACCUGGAGGAGAUUGAAUCUGCAACGCGGUGCUUCUCUGAGGUGAAUUUAUUGGGAAAGAGCAGCUUCUCAUCUGUUUACAAAGGAAUACUUAGGGAUGGUUCACUUGUAGCAGUUAGGAGCAUUAACAUAACAAAUUGUAAAUCUGAAGAAGAUGAAUUUGUCAAGGGCUUGAACUUACUGACAUCUCUGAGACAUGAGAACCUUGUUAGACUACGGGGAUUUUGCUGUUCCAGGGGCAGGGGUGAAUGCUUUCUCAUCUAUGAUUUUGCUCCUAAGGAAGACUUGUCAAAAUAUCUUGAUAUUGAAGAUGGAAGCAAUCAUGUUCUCGACUGGUCCACAAGGGCUUCCAUUAUCAAUGGCAUUGCAAAUGGUAUUAAAUAUUUGCACAGCAGGGAAGCAAACAAACCUGCCAUAGUCCACCGUCGCAUAUCUGCAGAGAAAGUUCUCCUUGAUCAACAAUUCACCCCAAUGAUUGCAGAUUCCGGCCUUCCCAAGCUUCUAGCAGAUGACAUCGUCUUCUCAGCCCUUAAAAUAAGUGCUGCCAUGGGAUACCUUGUUCCAGAGUAUGUAACUACUGGGCAUUUUACAGAAAAGAGUGACAUAUAUGCAUUUGGAGUGAUCAUCCUCCAAAUCCUCUCUGGCAAACAGAUGCUUACCAAUCCAAUGCUCGUGGCAGCUUCAUCUUGCAGAUAUGAAGAUUUUAUUGACACCAAUCUUAAAGGAAACUUCUCCGAGUCAGAAGUGGCUAAGCUGGCAAAAAUUGCACUUGCUUGCACACAAGAGCUUCCCGAGCACAGACCGAGCAUGGAGGCAGUGAUCCAAGAGCUGAACAAAAGCGAUGAUGGUUCUUGAUUACAUAUUCUCUUUUUGGAAUAUUAAUGACCCAAAAGGAGGGAAGGAGACUGGACACCUCACUAAACUGCACAAAAUGGUCAAGCUAUUAUUAUGCUUGUGCCUUCAAGGGAAGCACGGCUUACAGCAAAUAUCAGAAGAUGGUUGCCUUUUGUAAAAUUGAGUCAGAUUACAAGCAAGUCCUUUGAUUUUAUCUUGACAAGCUUUUUCCUAAAGCCUUACAAGAGGUUGUGACCACCUCUUGUAAUAUAUCUGGAAAAGAAAAAAAAAAGGCUUUCUAUUCGUCCUCUCUUGAAAUAGUUUGAUUACAUGACUCUCAUCUUAGUACACUAUCCAUAAAUUCAAACAUGAGCUGCAGCAUUUUGCAAUGCUUAUUCAAUA